AUGGCGAUUAUGAAUCUAUUCCCGACGAUUUAUUUUCGAGCAAGAGAUCAUCCUAUCAGUGAAAAAAGGUCAGACGUAGAAUGGGAGUUAAAUGAGAUCAGAACUCUAAUGUUAUUGAGUCUUGGAGCACAAGCCAUUCUUACUUUCUUUGGCAAUCGUAGAAAGUACCAGUUAAGCUCUUUGAGCCGGUUUUGUGUUUGGUUAUCCUACUUAAUGGCAAGUCCUAUGGUAACUUUCGUCCUUGGCAAGCUUUCUAUAAUGAGUGUCACGGCUUACGCUAUCUUAGUAGAUAAUCAACUAAACUAUGACCAUGUAUAUAUAAUUAAUGUGUUCCUCAAGAGCUGGUGGGCACCAAUACUUUUGGUACAAAUUUGUAGCCCAAAUAUGAUCUCAUACUCAGUUGAAGAUAAUAAGCUAACAUUUAGGCAAGUUAUUGGACUAAGCACCCAAGUAGCCUUGGCAGUUUCGAUCCUUUAUCAAGCAUUGUUUCAAGAACCUGAAUAUCCCUUCUUCAUUUUCACGUUACCUUGUUAUUUAUCUGGAUUAAUCAAAGUCUUAGAAAGACUCCGAGCUUUCAUGUCAUUAAGGAAUAGAGAAAAAGUUGUGAUAACUACUUUUGUACAUAAUGAUUCUCGAAAAGUAGAAAUCCCAGUCGAGCUUAGCUCUAAUUCCGGAACGACUUCUGAUGAUCUUGAUUUGCUUGUGAAGGCUUAUAAACGCUUUGAUCGGUUAAAGCCUUAUCUUGAGAACUGGCUAGGCCACCAUUCAUCUAGGUAUAUUCCUAAUUCAGUGAGUGUAGAAUACGGUCAUCCUAAGGAUGUUUUCAGAGUCACAGAAUUCGAGCUUAGCUUUAUGUAUGAUGUGCUCUAUACCAAUGCGUCCAUUAACUAUUCUAAGAGAAAUAUUUUGGGUCGCAUCAUUUGCAUUCUUAUUCUAUUUGUUUUGUGUGUGUUUUCGGGGUGUGUCAUAGAUUACCAUAUGGAUCUCAUAAUCACCUUUGUGUUGCUCAUUGGAGCAAUUCUACUUGAAUUCUAUGAGAUGAAGGAACUUUUGUGCUCGGAUUGGGUAGUACUCCAUAUGAUGAAUCAAAAGUGGAGUGCAUGUAUGAGAAGAUUGUUGAGGAUUGUUGCUCAAAAGAUUCUAAGUAAGAAGCAUAGGUGGUCACAUCACAUGGAACAAUUCAAUUUACUAAGCUAUUGUCUCUAUGAAGAGCGUAAAAAGCUUUGUGGGUUGAUUAGCAGAAUUCUCAUGGUCAAGAGCUUCCACAGGGAGUACAAGAAGCGUUGUGUUAAGAAAGACAUUCAAGUUCCUGAGGAGUUGAAAAAAUUGAUACUACAACAAGUGGAAGAGGUAAGAACACAAAGAGGUGGGCAACCUUUCAGCGAAUGUGGUGAAUGGCCACUUGAAAAAUGCUAUUGUCUCCAAGAUUUGGAAUUGAAUAUUCCACAAGAUUUUGGUUCCCAUGCCAAGAAGCAAACGAAGUUUGGCAAAGCCAUUAUUAUAUGGCACAUUGCCACAAAUGUUUGUUACUAUUUAGAUGGUGGUCAUUUACAAGAUAUAAUCAAUCCUUCUGAACGCGAACUGAACAAAUUUUUAUCAGAUUAUAUGAUGUAUCUUUUGGCCAUGCAUCCUGAUAUGUUAUCUAUUGUCACUGGUGACAUUCUCUUCCGUGGUGUUUGUGCUCAAGUGGGUGAGUUUUUUAAGACAAAAGAAUCAAGGGAUGAAGCCACAUUGUGCAGGAUGUUACUAGAUGAGUUUGUGGACGAAAAUUAUCGACAAGGAAAUCCAAAGAAAAAUGUGCUCACAUCAAAAUGGAAUGUGGUUCUUCAGGUGCAAAAAUUGGUUGGAAUAUUGCGAGGAAGAGAGGACAGAUGGAGAAUAAUAAGCAGUGUUUGGGUGGAAAUGUUGUGUUAUGGGGCUACUAAUUGUCCUUGGACUCUCCAUGCAGAGCAACUUAGGCGAGGUGGAGAAUUGCUCACUCAUGUUUGGCUUUUGCUUGAGCAUGAGAAAGAUGAAGCCAAUUUUCAAUCUCUUCCGAGGCAAUAUGAUGCUUAA